UCCCGCGCGGCAAAAAAACCGCCGUUUUGCCGCGCGCGGACGCUGCCGCUCCGCUCCAGCGGACGCGGGAAAACGGCGCGCGCGCUAAAAGUUUUACCGCCCGCGCGCUUUCGCGCUAUCCCGCGCGGGAAAUCUGCCGCGUGCGAUGCCGCGCGCGCUAUAAAGAUGACACGCGCGAAGCGGCCACCUGCCACUCCUCCCACGCGUCUUCCUCCCGCGCCCUCUCUCUCCCCGCCGCUCUCCCUCCCGCGCCGCUCCGCCUCCGGCCGUUCCUCCUCGACGCGAAGAUGCCGCCGCGCCGCCGCUCAUCCUCCGGCUACCGCGGCGUCCGCGCGCGGCCGAGCGGCCGAUUCGACGCGGAGAUCCGCUCCGGCGAGGAGCGGAUCCGCCUCGGCACCUUCGACACGGCGCACGAGGCGGCGCGUGCCUACGACGCCGUCGCGUGGCGGCUGGGCCGCAGCCGCCGCGCGAUGAACUUCCACGACGUGUUCACGCGCGAGAAGGCGGAGAUGCUCGCGCCGCCGCCGCCGAUGAUCACGCGGGAGGAGCAGCGCCGACAGCGGGAGCUCGAGCAGCGCCUGCUCAUCGCCGAGCGCGACGAGGCGUUCCGCGUCGAAUGGGCGCGCCGCUUCCCGGAGGACGUCGCCGCCACGGCGGCCUUCUACGCGGAGAAAGAGAAGAAGGAGGAGGAGAAGGCGGCGGAGAAGGCGGCAAAAAAAGCUUCCCGCGAGAAGCGCCGCGCCGAGAUCGCGAAGAGGAAGGCGGCGAGGGCCGCGAAGGCGGCGAGGAAGGCGGAGGAAAAGAAGAACGGCGCAGGGCCGUCGACGGUCGUCGUCUCCUCCUCCUCCUCCUUCGAGUGGACGACAACGCCGGUGUCGUCCACGACUCCGAGCAGCUCGGACUUCAACUGGGACUCCUCCGAGUAGUCUCGUAGAACUUUUAAUAUAUGUCGCAUUGUAUUGUCGAACUUUUAUAAUAUAUUCGUAUUUUCGCUCAAAUUUUCAUAGUUUGUUCGAUUUAAAUUUUCAAAAAACGGUCGGAUUUAG